CCGGAACUUGAGGAACUACUUUCCUUUACACUUCCAACGUUAGUCGUGUUAGACAAGCGAAUUUUAGUAGGUGCAAUUGAAAGAAAUGCCGCCAAAAAGAGGAAAGGUACAAAAGGAAGAGGUCCAAGUAUCUCUUGGACCACAACUCCGUGAAGGUGAAGUUGUUUUCGGCGUUGCUCACAUUUUUGCGAGCUUUAACGAUACUUUCGUUCAUGUAACCGAUCUUUCUGGAAGGGAAACUAUUGCGAGAGUUACUGGUGGAAUGAAAGUUAAAGCAGAUCGUGAUGAGGCUUCUCCAUAUGCUGCUAUGCUUGCUGCUCAGGAUGUAGCAGAGAAAUGCAAAUCCCUUGGGAUUACAGCACUUCAUAUUAAAUUGAGAGCAACUGGAGGUAACAAAACAAAAACCCCUGGUCCAGGUGCACAAUCUGCCUUGCGUGCACUUGCACGUUCUAGUAUGAAAAUUGGCAGAAUUGAGGAUGUCACACCAAUUCCAUCUGACUCUACACGUAGAAAGGGUGGUCGUCGCGGAAGAAGGUUGUAAAUUAUGUUUCUAUGUAUGGUUGAUUGACUUCAAAAAUAAAAAUUUAAAAAAUU